GACUCAGGUGCGUCUCACACUCAGCUGGAAGACUGGGCGAGACAUUGUUGUCCUCAAACGAGCUAAACUCGGAUUCUGUUGGACCACCAGGAACAACUUUCUUUGCAUCCCAAAAUAAUUAAGGAUUAAUUGAUCUUUAUGGAAACUUAUUGAUUGAUUUUUGUACAACCCCCAAAGAGACAGGUUGUCUGAGCUUCAAGAGUCCUCUUCGCCACGAUGAGUUGGGCUGCGCUCUAUUCUCAGCUGGGCGGCGUCAACAAACACUCCACUAGUCUAGGAAAGAUUUGGCUUUCCGUCCUUUUCAUCUUCCGCAUCACUAUACUAGUUCUGGCAGCUGAGAGCGUCUGGGGGGACGAGCAGUCAGACUUCACAUGCAACACGCAGCAGCCUGGCUGCAAAAACGUCUGCUAUGACCACUUCUUCCCCGUCUCGCACAUCCGCUUGUGGUGCCUGCAGCUAAUCUUUGUAUCCACACCGGCCCUGCUGGUGGCCAUGCACGUGGCUUACAGGAAUCGCGGGGACAAGAGGGUCAUGCUGGCCUCCAACGGCAACGAGAAGAUGACAGAGAAUGACCUGAAGACACUGAAGGGGCGGCGUCUGCCAAUCACAGGCCCACUGUGGUGGACCUACACAUGCAGCUUGUUCUUCCGCCUGAUCUUUGAAGGUGGCUUCAUGUAUGCGCUGUACUUUGUCUACGACGGCUUCCAGAUGCCCCGGCUGGUGAAGUGCGAGCAGUGGCCUUGCCCCAACAAGGUGGACUGCUUCAUCUCCAGACCAACAGAGAAAACCGUCUUCACCAUAUUCAUGGUGUCCUCAUCGGCCAUCUGCAUGGUGCUGAACGUGGCCGAGCUGUGCUACCUCAUCGCCAAGGCGAUCAUUAGGUGCUCUGCCAGGUCAAACAAGAGGCAACUGUCUUACAGCCACGCAGACAGCGGGACGCGGGAUAAUGCCCUUCUGCAGAACAAGAAGAACGAACUGCUGUUGUCUUCCACCACUGAUUCGACCAGCAACAAGAUGUGUUAAAUGAUAGCCACCAGUUGGCUGUUCCAAGAGAAGAUAGAAAA